AUGGGAGCUAAGCAAACUUGGCAGAAAAUUGGGCUAAGGUUUGGAGGUAUGAAAACCCACCAAAUCUUUCAAGCGGGCACAAAAUGGACGAUAAAGAUAAUGAGAGAUCCUGAGACAGGGAACUCCCGUGGUUUUGGUUUCAUUAGCUAUGAUUCUUUUGAGGCAUCUGAUGCAGCUAUUGAGGCAAUGAAUGGCCAAUAUCUUUGCAACCGCCAGAUAACAGUGUCCUAUGCAUACAAGAAAGACACUAAGGGGGAGCGUCAUGGUACCCCAGCAGAGAGAGUGUUGGCUGCCAGUAACCCCACCACUGUAAAGAGCAGGCCCCACACAUUGUUUGCCAGUGGACCUCCUACGCUUUCUAGUGUUCCUCAGGCCAAUGGUACCAUAGCUGCUCCAAUACCUCCACGGCCUUUUGCAAAUGGCGCUGUUCCUCCAGCUCCUAUUGCAGCAUUCCGUCCGCCUCCACAGGGUGGUGUCUUCCCACCGAUGCAGAUGUCUGCUCCUCCAUCUUGGCAUGGUCAGCCACAGCAACUGGGUCAUCCAAUGGGACCACCUUCUAUGCCACCCCCACCAUUUCAGCAGUUCAGGCCGCCUCCCCCGAACAUGCUUCCGCCACCACCACCACAAGCUGCUCAAGCUUUAAGUAGGCCUCUCCCACCACCAGCUGGAAUGACAGCUCCACCUGUUUGGAGGCCACCACCACCUCCUCAGCAGCUGACCGGAGGGAUGCCACAUAUGUCAAUGAUGCCACCUCCUCCACCCAAUGCACCCCCUCCACCGCCUCCUGCAUCUAGUUGA